CCGCGACUCUCUGAGGAGCUCCCGACCUCAGCUUUCCCCACGGGCGCAUCGUGCAGAUUCAGUAGAAGUCUCUCUUCUACCUCAUCUCACAUCUAUUCUUUGGUAUCCUAUCUGGUUGUCGCAUUCGUGCGCUCCUUCUCAGCCACCAUGGCGGCCAACAAGCAAGGCAAGAUGCAAAACCUCAUCAACUAUCGGAUGAGGGUGACUCUGAACGAUGGCCGACAGAUGACGGGCCAGAUGCUCGCAUUUGAUAAGCACAUGAACCUCGUCCUUGCCGAUACAGAAGAAUUCCGACGCGUUAAACGGAAGUCCAAGCCUGCUGCUGCCCCCUCGACUACUCCUUUGGUGGAAUCGGAAGAAAAGCGAACCCUUGGUCUGACGAUUGUUCGCGGUACCCAUGUCGUCUCUUGCUCCGUUGAUGGACCGCCCCCCGCCGAUCCUUCUACGCGACUUGGAACAAGCGGCCCCGGCGCUGCCGCCGCCGCCGCCACUCUUGCUGCCGGCCCUGGAAUUAGCAAACCCGCUGGACGUGGUCUGCCCGUUGGCCUUGGUGGCCCGGCUGCUGGCGUUGGAGGGCCUCCUCCGCCCGGUGGUUUCCCCGGAUUCCCCCCGGGUGGCUUCCCAGGUGCGCCUCCGGGCUUCGGUGGUCGUGGUGGACCCCCAGGAGGACCUCCCGGAUUUGCUCCGCCUCCGGGAUUUGCGCCUCAGGGCGGCCCUCCGGGCGCUUUCCAACCUCCCCCAGGAUUCCAGCCUCCCGGUCAGGGACGGGGUUUCCCCCCGCCAGGAUUUGGAGGACGGUGAUUUGAUCGAUUGGCCGACCCGGCAUGAUUGCUUUACCAAGUUCCGGCCAUGGGUGUAGUAUGGCGGCAUACAAAGAAUCGGAACCCAAAUGAAAAACCUAUCCUAUCUACUACAUACGCCUGAUCGCGGAAUAGGUCCAGCACAGCAUCCCGAAUUGAAUCAGGCAAAGGCGUUGCGGCGUGUGCGGAUGCAGGGAAAUGCCAAGAAAAGAAACUGGUCGAGCCCCGAAGAGAAGUCGAGGACGACAGGUGUAAUGCUAGAUUAUGCUGCACGCAUUUAUUCGAUUAGUGAAAU